AUGAUACCAGUGCCACCAUCGGCAGCCGAUGACACCGCGAGUAGUCCAUGGACUAUCACGGCCUACCGCUCACCUCGUGGCAACGCGCGAGAAGCAUCAUUGAGGAUGUCAUCCGUUGCAUUUACCACUCCAGGUAGCGACACCGCUAGUGCGCGGGCGUCAACGAUUCUUCCUGCCUUUUCCGUGGAGGAUGCGGAAGUUCAAUGGGGUAUUAGGGAUAAAACACGUCGACUGCUUGCGCUUUUGCGAAAGAAGCAUAGGGAACUUGUAAGGGCCGAAGAGGAGGCCUUCAAUACUUUGCUGCGUCAGGCGGACUCCAGCGUGGCGAGUAUAAAUGCAUUUGUAGCGUUUCGACAAAAUAUAGAAAUCUCCGCGCAGCGGGAACGUGAACGGGUUCUGCCGUGGAUUAAGUGCUGCUUUGCCGUCAGGGUUGAGCGGAUCAUUUGUGAAGAGUGGGAAGAACGUCAGUCUAUCAUUUCCUACGAGUGGCGACUGCGGGAGGCUAAGCGUCGUGUGGAGUGGCUGACUGGCACCAAGAUGCGUUUAAGACGGGCGAUGGAGUUGCUUCUACACGCUGAGGAAUGCCGUCGAAGGUUUAUUGAACACGCUGAACUGCGGGAGGCGUGGGAAAUGCCGGAGUUGCGUCCGUUUGUUCGUGUUUUCAAGAACUUGGGCGUACUGGGGCCAUGCCCCUUUGUAUCGGUGGAGGACUGCCCCUUUUACUGCCGUGGGGAGGGCUACCGCAGUCCGCACUUUGAGUUUACCGUGAAGGGUAAACCCUGGACGGUAACGUUACCGUCUCCGUCCUAA